GCACCUCUUCCCCCGAGGAAGCUUCGAGGGACCCACAAAUUGGGAGCGAAAGAAGAGAGUUCUCUCCUUAGGAUUUCGAGUUCCCUCAUCUUGCUUCGGGCGAAGAAAUCCUAGGCUCGGAUCGCCAUGGCUGCCAGGAUUGCCGCGAGGUACGGGACGCGGAGGCUCUCCUCCGGCGGGAAGGUCCUCAACGAGGAGGAGAAGGCGGCGGAGAACGUUUACAUCAAGAAAAUGGAGCAGGAGAAGUUGGAGAAGCUUGCACGCAAGGGUCCUAAACCAGGAGAGCAACCUGUGGCGAAUCCAGAAGCUCCAGCAACUGAUGCAAAGCCAACCAGGGCAGCAGGCUCGUCAACCUCUGGUGUUUCAACUGACCAGAACCGGAACUAUGCCGUACUUGCUGGCACGGUUGCUGCUGUUUGUGGCCUGGGCUGGUAUCUCUUAUCCAAACCCAAGAAAUCUGAAGAACCUGUGGACUGAAGCUCCACGGAUGUAGACGAGAUUGGAAACAUCUGCUAUUUUCUUUAGUUGUUCGUCUUGCUUUGCACAGGCAUGUUGCUUGUGAAACUCGGUUUUUUGCUCCAUUUCCAGCUGAGCUUAUGCAGUCCAUUUUGAUUAAACCAAACUAUAUGACUUCAAUAAUAGAAGUUGCUUUCAUUUUCCUGUUA